AACUCAGCACUUCUUUUUGCUCGGAAAAUGUACGCUGCUUACACUCGGGGUAUUAAUCACUCAUAGUUCGAUUCAGCUAGCUGCCAAAAUAAAAUUAACGUGCAUUUUGGCGUCGGACCGGUACGACGCUAUAAUCAGAUAUUUAGACUAAGUUUAUAUGGCGAUGUCAGGCUCAUCACCUUUAAUGCCCAAAAAGUACAACCCGCCAAACUUCGCCAAAGCAUAGGCGGCCGCCACUCACAAUGACAGCAAAAGGUUAAAUCAACAAUUCUGAACACUUCGUACAUACUGUUACGUCCAGGUGAAUAAUUCACGCUGUCCGUCACGACCAUAUGAUGCGUCGCGCCGCGAACCAGGUUGCUAUAGCAACCAAGCGCUGGCAGACUCGUGCGUUCUCGCUAUCAGGGCCCGGUAUAUCACGUGCUACGAGUAUGCGGUCCGUCCCGUUGGUGCGCAUGCGUUAACUACUAAUGCUAAUUACUAAUGAACCGCAUUAGUUAUCGCAAAACUUCCAAAAGGGGAGUAAUCCUUCCCCUUGCCGGCUCCUUUGUUAGGAGGCUCGGCUCUGGCCUACUAAUAAUAAUUGAAUAAUUUAACUAAUUAAUUCAUUAAUAACUUGUCAGAGAAGGGGUAAGCCUAUGCUCUCGUGCGUGUCGGUGCAUUUGCACUCGCGCGGGACCACUUGGCGCGGGGUAGCAAGGGCCAAGCACUUUUAUUUAAUUAAUAAAUAGCGUUAAUAGAUUUCGAGCACGAGGAGGAGCACGCGAUAUCUCCGUGGCAGCGAAAUCUCCUAUCCUCAAAACCGCGAUGAAAAACUCAAGUAAGGAAUGCGGGCGAUAGUUGCGCGCCGCGUAAGCGUAAAAUAUGAAUGCGGACGCUAAACUCCAUCUGAUAACUAUAAAAUAAAAUACAAUAAUUAAUUAACUAGCAAAAUAAAUGACAGGCGAUAAAUGAUUUAUUGCCUCGUCUUCCACGCUCUUCACCUCCGAACGCCCUUACUUGGGAGUAUAUAAACCGCGAUUUUCGGGCGAAAAUCGGGAUUUUGCCACUCUGACUGGCGCCGAAAGGCUGUAAGACUUGCUACGUUUCGUUUUCGAACUAAGAAUUAUUUCAGUUUUUUCAGUUUCGAACUUAGAAUAUUUCGAUUUAUCUUGAAUUAAAACUUAGAAAAUUUUCGUUUAUUUCAAGCCUAACUUAGAAUAUUUCACGAAAUUCGAAUUUAGAACACUUUUCGGAUCUCGAACUUAUAAAUAUUUCGGACAUUCGGACUUAGAAUAAUUUCUGGACAUAUGAACUUAGAAUAUUUUUUUGAUAUUGAACUUAGAAAAUUUUCACGAUACCGAGAAAGACGCAGAGUGGCAAACUUCCCUAUUAACUUAUCCUAUUAACUAGUUUUUUUUGUUUUAUUCUAGAAUCAGAACAAGCAAUCGUCGCGAGCGUUGUACGUGCACAUUCAAACGAACAAAACCGAAACCAACAUUUGUGAAGGUGCGAGUUCUCAUCAUUUAAAUAAUUUUUUUCUCAUUAUUAAAGCCGAAGCAGUGAUAUUUAACUUAAGUUUUUUUUCUUUUCUUCCCUUCUCUCUUUCUUCGCGUCGCGGAUCUGCGUGUGGCUAACAUAAUCGGUGGUGCUUCGAUUUUUUAAUCUUCCUUCACAGACGGUGUGGUAGGUGAAGCAGAGCGCAGAGCUGCGUUUCCGCAAAGAGCGCGGUAACCCCGCUAAGCGAACGCUCCGCAGCGUUCUCUCGCAGUACACGGGAGGAUUGCGUUCUCUGUUUCUCUCUUUCUCUCUCUCUCUCUCUCUCUCUCUCUAUUUGUCGUUACUCAUCCUGCGGGAGAUGAACAAGCCAACGGUGCAGGACGGUGUGCGCUGUGUAACGUUCAUCCUUCCCCGUCAACUGCCUCUACAAACCCUAUCGGGUUUAGCGUAGCCCCGGGCAUCGGCGCACUUUUAAGUAUUUCGCCAUUACAGACAGCACCGGAACGGAUACCAUCGGUGCCGCUACAAACCAGGCGCCUCCACCCACGUGUAUGGUGGUAAAUAUACGUCUUCCGCUCCUGCCGAUCCGUGCUUUGAGGCAAUCCAGCGUCCUCCGAUUAAAACGACUAUCGCCGCGCGAAGCACCGGCCGACCGCGUCGACAGACGAUUAAAUCGAUGGGAAGGUUACGCCGAGAAGGCCGGAAGGUGCAGCUGAAGAGGCUGCACAAGGAGCUGACCAAGCACGGGAAGUUCGACCCCUGUAUUUUUGAUCGGGCACUCCCUUCCGCUUUCACUGCACCGCCGCCUCGGCCCUUGCCUUCCCCCUCGCGACCGCUUUAAAGCAACGACACCGAUCCACGGCCGUCGAGCAAGACUCAAGGCCACAAGCAUCAGAAAUCGACGAUCGUGGCCAUCGCUCCUGCCGGAGACGUGUAUCCCGGCUAGGAUCACGCUCCUGAACAUUUUAGAAUAAAAGAAAAUUUUCCUUAAACUUCUCUCUCGUUUUCUAUUUCUUCUGCCCGCUUGUACGUACUCCCUGUUCCCGCUCGGCAGGGAGUUCAAAAAUUAUUCAAAAAUUUAACAAUACUUGAUCCUUACCCCGCCGGACGUAAUAAUACUGAUAUCAAUAAAAAACAUUUUUAAAUAUAUCAACGGAUUGUAGAUCGCCUAACGGUCUGCAUCGGAUCUUCAUGAUAAAUAUAAUUUCUUUCUAUUAAAUUUGUUCGGAAUUAAAGGGAAUCGCGGAGUUUUUCCAGCUGGCGUCGGAGCCGGAAGGAAAAGAUCGCUCUCCUAAAAAAAAAAAUAAAAAAAAGUUUUUUUAAAUACUUUUUGUCACGAGUUUUUUAAUCAGCGUAAGCGACGAAGCGUCGCUUGAUUCUUUUAUUAUUUUAUUGAUUUUUCAUUUGACCGGCAUCGACGUCGUGUGAUAUAAUCACGUUUGGUUUUACACGAACUUAGUGAUCUUAGGCUGAAUCGGUCAUUCAUUUCUCCUCACGGUAAUAAUAAUCGAGUAGACGUUCCACCUUCCGGACUGAACGAGAGGCCACGCAAAGACGCUCCUCUCUCUCUUACAUCCUAUUGCUGCAUUAAGAAUACAUGACCCUUCGUACCGUUGAAGCAGCUGUACGGAACACUUGAGGCCUGCAAAGCGCAGGAGACAGAAUUUUCGGGUGCCGCCUUUGAAGAUCAAGGCGUCAUUUCCCCCUUUAAGAUUACAAAACAGCAGAUAUUAAACCAAUCAUUUUAUUACGAACUGCCGCAUGCAUUCCUUGGCGACAGACGCCAUAACCACACGCGCGCAGCGGCGACAGACGCCAUUUUUGUUUUACAUCCAUACAGCUGCAGUUAGUGUUAUGAACGCAUGCAAUCGGCGACAGACGCUAUAUUACUUUUUUCGAUAGUUCGACCGCGUGCAAGCAUUCGUCGAACGUGGUCAAAUAAUUCUUAAUUAUUUUGAAUACGCAACAACCAAGAUUUACUUAACGCAUUCUAUUUAUAGAAUACGAUAAAUAUUUUCUAUAUUAACAAAAUCAUUAUUUUCAGUCCUUUUGUAUUAUUUGCAAAACUAUAAUUAGUUUUGUGAUACCAUCCUCCAAUUAAUUUUUAUUUUAUAAAUAACUUUAAAUGUUUUCAAUUCAAAUCCUAAUUUAUUCUUUUCGAUUUUAGUCUAAUUUCCAACUAAUAACUUCUUUUUAAAAAGUUACGAAUUUAUAUUGAUUAUAAAAUAAAUCAUUAUUUUAUUUACCUGGAAUUCCACGUAGUUUUCUUUCGCCUGAUCUGCCUUUAAUUUUUUAUCAGCUAUUUUAAUAAGAGAUUCGAAUUAAAUACAGUCCAUCUCAACAACUUCAACAUAAGUUUCUUUCCUUUUAAUAAUUUCCCAAACAUUUUUUGGUUCUUCGAGCCGGAUAAUGGCGUCAUCGAGAGCAGGUUGCGUGGCAGGAAUUAUUUUCUGCACGUGUUAAAGAUCUCAUUUCGUAAAUUGAGGGGACCGCAUGGUCUCCUCCAUUAAUUAAUCAAUUAAUUACAGCAACAAGGGGCCAUUUUUAUGGUUCUAUUUUUACUCCCACAACAACUGGUAAAUCAACGAAAAAUUAAAAAAAGCACAUCAGCGUAGUAACAAAUUCAACGAGCCAAGAGAUUAUCAAAUCGAUCAGAAUCAUGUCGCAACUGUCUUCUCGCAUUUCAAUUCAAUUAAGUCGAUUUUUGAGCAUCUCAAAUAUGCUCCAGAAUUCGAUAGAGAUUCUGAAAAUGUAAUCCGACACCUUAUUAAUACCAGACUGGACAUUCUAGAAGACGAUUGGGUAAAAUUUCGAUCUGAGCUCGGCAUGAAGCUCUCUGCCGUAAAAAUUCGGAAGGCCUCGAAGAACAGCCAUAUCUACGGACGAAAACAUACGAACGAUGCCAGGAAUUCUACGUGCAGGCACGUGCAACGCUUCUCGCCCGUCAGGGUGAACUGGAUCGGGCAUCUUGUACAACGAGAUCUACAGGCUCUUACCCUUUUAUACCACCAGCGACGACCAAUCGACGAGGCUUACUCAGAAUCGACAUCCCAAAAUUUUCUGGAAACUACAAUGCAUGGCGAUCGUAUCGUGAUCUAUUUUUAUAAAUGGUCGGAAACAACGAAACAUUGGAUAACGUUGAAAAAAUGCACUAUCUUAAAACGAGCUUGACAGGAGAUGCCGCCAAGCUCGUAAAUAUUGAAGUAGCCGAGGAUUCCUUUGCCAUCGCAUGGCAAAAGUUGGUCGAUCGAUAUGAGAAUAAAAGGCUGUUAAUUUCUUCACAUCUUGAUCGACUCGCCAACUUAAAGCAAUUGACAUCAAGGUCUGCCCGUGAUCUAAAUAGCUUGCUGUCGACCGUCUCUGAGACGAUGGAUGCGCUCAAGGAUGCACUGAUACCUGGGACGCACUAUUAGUGCAUCAACUCAGUCGCUUAUUAAACGCCGAUACCCAAAAGCUGUGGGAGGGGAAAAAUCCAACUUCCUCUUAUUCCACUUUUAAAGAAUUCGAAGAUUUAUUGAUUGGUCGGACGCGAACGUCGGAAAGUCUCGAAUCAGAAACAAAGGGCAACUCCAAUGGAAAAGGUCGACCACAUCGUUCAUCCGGCAAGCCAGACAACAAAAUCACGCAGUUUGAUAGUCACUACGUCUCGGACACCGGGAAGCUUGUCGUGUCAAGCUUGCAAGAAAGAUCACUAUCUUCACACCUGCCCACAAUUCAAGGCGAUGACUGCUCAGCGACGGCGACAACUCAUCACGGAAAAGCGACUUUGUUUCAACUGCUUCGGCAAUCAUGCUGUGGCCCGCUGUUCGAAUACUCGACGGUGUCUCAAGUGUAGCCAAAAACACCACUCUUUAAUUCAUGAUAGCCUCCGACCUGCUUCAGAAACCGCUACAUCCACGGAUGCCAAAAAAUCAAAACCGGAGAACUCUCAGAAAAAGGACGAUAAACAUCAAUCCAAGCCCACAGAUCAAUGACUAGAAGCGACUCUCGCUCAUCACGUCAAAAUCUCUACCUCGGAAAGACCACUCACAUUACUCGCUACGUGCCAAAUAUUAAUACCCACUUCUGACGGAGAUUUCAGGGUUGCUCGGAUGCUCCUCGAUUCCGGUUCUGAAUUAUCUUUCAUCACGAAAGAAUUAGUCGCUUCGCUAAAAUUACCACGCACCAAAGCUUCCAUUCCGCUACUCGGCAUUGGCGGAACGCAUUCAGGACGCAUGCGAGAACGUGUUAUAGUACCGUUGUGCUCGGAAUACGACCCUUCUGUUACGUAUGAUUUACAAGCAUACAUCCUUCCACGAGUGACAUUUGAGCUACCUACAUUCACGAUUUCAACUGACUCCUGGGAGCACCAUCAGGGAUUGCAGCCGAUCCAGAUUUCGAACGCCCUAAACCGAUUCAAAUCAUUUUAGGAGCAGACGCUUACGGCUACAUUAUAAAACGUAAGUUAAUUCAGAGUGAUCCUUCCUCACCUAUCACGCGGUCAACCAUUUUUGGCUGGAUAGUAUCUGGGCCUAUAAAUGUUGAGAGUUAUCGACGCGGUCGGAAAUUAUCACUGCUCCAUCGAUCACCAUCUACAUCAGCUGUUAACUAAAUUUUGGGAGCUUGAAGAGCUUCCACACACUAAAGCCACUACUCUCAGCCCAGAAGAAGCCAAGUGCGAAAAGCAUUUUUGCGCUACUCAUCUACGAGAAGAGAGCGGUCGAUACGUUGUACGACUGCCCUUGAAAAUGUCUCCUACCGAACUUGGAAACUCAUCUUCCACAGCCUUUAAUUGCCUAACGAGACUCCGCCGACGCUUCGAGAAAGAUCUUCUAUUUCGUCAAAUGUAUACUGACUUCAUGCAUGAAUAUCUAACGCUCGAACAUAUGGAGCCCGUACCGAACGCAGAUAUCAACCGUCAACCAGCGUAUUAUUUACUACAUCACGGAGUCUAUCGUGAGAGCAGCCUAACAACCAAGUUACGUGUAGUCUUCAAUGGCUCCAGUCGUACAGACAAUGGAAUCGCGGUGAAUGACAUCCUUUAUUCUGGAGCUAAACUACAAACCGACAUCUUUGACGUACUGCUCUGGUUUCGUCAACAUCGUAUCGUAUUUUCAACGGACAUCGUCAAAAUGUACCGUCAAAUCAAAAUACAUAAGGAUGACAGAGAUCUUCAAAGGAUUUAUUGGUACGACAAAGUUAUAAAGCCUCAGCCGUUUCGUUUGACAACGAUCACGUACAGUCUCAAUUGCGCGCCCUAUCUAGCCCUCUGAGUCCUCGAGCAGCUCGUCAAAGACGAAGGACAUAGAUUUCCCUUGGCAGUAUCAUCUCUAAGUAAAGGGCGCUAUGUUGACAUCAUCGGGGGAGCCGACACACUUGAAGAAACGACGGAAAUUAUACAUCAGCUGACACAUCUCUGCACGGGGGGCGGGUUCCCUUUACAAAAAUGGAGCAGCAACUCAAAGAAAAUCCUGCAACGUCUCUUAAUUUCUCCAAACGAAAAUGCGCCAGUCGUUCAAAUUGAAUCGCCUGAAGUUAAGAUAUUGGGUCUCUGUUGGCAUUCUAAAAGAGACGAUCUUCAAUUUACUUCGUGGCCUUCACCAAACCGUAUUGUUACCAAACGGACAAUCCUUUCGGAAAUUGCUCAACUUUACGACCCACUAGGAUUGAAAUCACCGAUCGUAAUACGAGCAAAAAUACUUCUCCAAGAACUCUGGGUUGCCAAAAUCGGGUGAGACAAAUCUCUACCACUGGAACUCGAAAAUCGAUGGAACAGCUUUCGCCAAGAUCUACCGUUAUUAAGCCAAUUAAAGAUCCCACGCUAGCUACAUCUCUCCUCAAAGGCGAGCGUCAUCGAACUUCACGGUUUCUCUGACGCCUCGCAACUUGCUAUGGCUGUGGUUAUCUAUCUUAAAGUCAUCACCGAUGCGGGAGAAGCAUCAAUAUCUCUGAUAUGCGCUAAAACAAAAGUGGCGCCGUUAAAACGCAUAACAAUACCUCGACUUGAAUUAACAGCCGCCGUCAUGUUGACAUGUCUUCUUAGCAAGAUUCAACGAACAUUAGAACUAAAUGAAUGCUCGACAUAUCUAUGGACAGCUGUGGCACUUACCUGGAUCACUACCCACCCGUCUCAAUGGAAAGAAUUUGUUCGAAAUCACACCACCAUCAUCCAAGAAGCUGCGCCGACAGCGACGUGGAAUUUUGUUCCUGGCAAGAAUAACCCAGCUGAUUGCGCGUCAAGAGGUUUAAACAGCGCUCAGCUAAGAGAGCAUCCCCUGUGGUGAUCAGGGCCCGCGUGGUUGCGCCAGAAUCAACAUAAUUGGCCGAAAAACAACGCACCGGUCGCGCCUAACGUCGAUCAAAAAGAAAAACCGCGACACGUGUUGAUAACCAGAAAAGUUGUACCAUCUACCUACUGGGAUUUACUGAUGCGUUAUUCUUCCCUAAAGAAACUACUCCGAAUAACCGUACUAUGUCAACGAGCAGUUGCGCGAUUCUGUACAAGACAUUCUCCCUCGCUGGACAGCCCGCUAACUCCUGAAUUGAGACAAAGCCGUCAAUUUUGGAUCCACCAAGUUCAACGAGUGUACUUUCACGAAGACAUUGCAAUAUUAUUAGCAAAAAGACUUCUUUCCAAAACAAAUCCAUUAAUACGUUUAACACCAUUCUUGGAUAGCGACGGUCUUCUUAGAGUGGGCGGCCGACUCGAUCACUCACAAUUGGAUCCCGAAACAAAGCAUCCAUACAUUCUACCCAAACAGUCACCUUUAACCUCUUUAAUUAUAGCAGACUCUCAUGCCCAGACGUUGCACGGAGGAACGCAAAUCAUUCUGGCACAUAUUCGCCAGACUUAUUGGAUCCUAGGAGGCCGAGCACCGGUGAAAUCAUAUAUACUACGAUGUGUUUGUUGUGCUCGUCACCGGAAGCAACGAGCCCAACAGCUAAUGGGGCAGUUACUGGCUGCAAGAGUGACCCCGGCUCAAUCUUUUUUGAACACCGGCGUUGAUUACGCCGGCCCAAUCACGAUCAAGACCUGGCGCAGAAGAGCUGCCAAGACCUACAAAGGAUAUCUGGCUAUUUUCGUCGGCCUUGCUACGUCAGGUGUGCACCUGGAGGUCGUAACGGAGUAUAGUACCGAAGCCUUCAUGGCCGCCUACGAAAGAUUCUGUAGUCAACGCGGAAUCUGUGCCACAUUACAUAGCGAUUGCGGAACAAACUUCGUCGGAGCUGACGCUGAGCUUCGAAAGUUGUUUAAUACCGCUUCACGCAAACUAAAGAAAUUAGCUAGUUUUCUAGCCAACUGUGACCGGGGGUAUGGCUUCCGAAUGGAAGUUCAUACCCCCGGCAGCUCCUCAUUUUGGCGGCAUUUGGGAAGCGGCGAGCAAAUCGACAAAAUUUCAUCUUCGCCGAAUAAUUGGAGACUCCACAUUGACUUAUGCGGAACUUUCCAUUUUCAUCACUCAGAUCGAGGCGGUGCUUAAUUACAGGCCUAUUUGCCCAAUGUCUGAUGACAGUGAAGACUUCUCCUUCCUCACUCCCGGACACUUCUUAAUCGGAGAAGCUAUUUACUCUAUCCAGAGCCAAGCCUUGCAAGAGAAUCAACAUCACGCUUGUCUCGUUGGCAGUUAAUCCGCCAAAAGACUGAAUUGUUUUGGAAGCGUUGGACGACCGAGUGCCUACAAUGUUUUCAAUCAAUCUCCAAGUGGCAUCAUCCCUCGAACAAGUUGAAAGAAGGUUCUAUGGUGCUCCUUUCGGAUGAACAGUAUCCGCCGAUCAAAUGGCCGUUAACGCGCAUUAUAAAGUUACACCCGGAUCAAGACGGGCUUACCCGUGUAGUAACCGUAAAAACUCCUACCGCGACGUUCAAAAGACCAAUCACGAAAAUUUGUAUCUUACUUGUCGAACGCAAAGGACAAAAAUUCAGUAACGAUGUUCCCGAAGGCGGGCGGGAAAAUGUUCGGAAUUAAAGGGAAUCGCGGAUCGCGGAGUUUUUCCAGCUGGCGACGGGGCCGGGAGAGGGAGAUCGCUCCCCUAAAAAUAAAAAAAAAGAUGUUUUUUAAAUACUUUUUGUCACGAGUUCUUUAAUCAGCGUAACCGACGAAGCGUCGCUUGAUUCUUUUAUUAUUUUAUUAAUUUUUCAUCUGACCGGCAAAGAGUCGACGUCGUGUAAUAUAAUCACGUUUGGUUUUACAUGAACUUAGUAAGCUUAGAUUUAAUCGGUCAUUCAUUUCUCCUCACGGUAAUUUCUCAACCUACUGUUGCGGAUAAUCAAGUGGACGUUCCACCUUCCGGACUGAACGAGAGGCCACGCGAAGACGCUCCUCUCUCUCUUACAUCCUAUCGCUGCAUUAAAAAUACACGACCCUUCGUACCGUUGAAGCAGCCGUACGGAACACUUGAGGCCUGCGAAGCGCAGGAGACAGAAUUUUCGGGUGCCGCCUUUGAAGAUCAAGGCGACAUUUCCCCCUUUAAGAUUACAAAACAACAGGUAUUAAACCAAUCAUUUUAUUACGAACUGUCGCAUGCAUUCCUUGGCAACAGACGCCAUUUUCGUUUUACAUCCAUACAGCUGCAGUUAGCGUUAUGAACGCAUGCAAUCGGCGACAGACGCUAUAUUACUUUUUUCGACAGUUCGACCGCGUGCAAGCAUUCGUCGAACGUGGUCGAAUAACUCUUAAUUAUUUUGAAUACGCAACAAUCAAGAUUUACUUAACGCAUUCUAUUUAUAGAAUACGAUAAAUAUUUUCUAUAUUAACAAAAUCAUUAUUUUCAGUCCUUUUGUAUUACUUGCAAAACUAUAAUUAAUUUUGUGAUACCAUCCUCCAAUUAAUUUUUACUUUAUAAAUAACUUUAAAUGUUUUCAAUUCAAAUCCUAAUUUAUUCUUUUCGAUUUUAGUCUAAUUUCCAUCUAAUAACUUCUUUUUAAAAAGUUACGAAUUUAUAUUAUAAAAUAAAUCAUUAUUUUAUUUACCUGGAAUUCCACGUAGUUUUCUUUCGCCUGAUCUGCCUUUAAUUUUUUAUCAGCUAUCUUAAUAAGAGAUUCGAAUUAAAUACAGUCCAUCUCAACGACUUCAACAUAAGUUUCUUUCCUUUUAAUAAUUUCCCAAACAAAAUUAAGUUAAAUUUUUUUAGCUUUAUUUAAACUGCACGCCGACAGGUUUCAUCAAAUUUGCAACAUAGUUAGCAAAUUAAAUUUCGAUGCUCAAGAGCAUCUUAAAAUCCGCCCUUCCUAAAAAAUUGUAAAUUAAUUUAUUGUGAAAAAUAAUAUCUCAGCCGGGGGGAUCUACAAUCCAUUGAUAUGUUUAAACAUAUACAGGUCGGACGAAUUAAUGUACUAGAAACAUUUUUCUUUCAUAAAUAGAUAAGUAUACCUUGUAAGUCUUCCGUUUUUUACCCCAAUCUUUUACUAAAAUUCAUCACCUUGAAACGGAUACAAUUGAACUAUUUUUGUCCUUAAAGUAUGCCAUAGAAAAAUAUCUUUACUAAAUUUUUAGUUUAAAAUAUCAAAAAUGGUAAAAGUUAUGAAUUUUUUAAAUAACAAGUUAUUUUUUCGGUUUUGUUUCUCAAAUUUGUUUCUUCAUAUUUGACAUCAAAUUUUAUAAAAAAAAUCAAUUGUAUCUUAAAAAAGGAUAUUCAAAAAUUAUCCAGUAAUUUUUUCAAGUUAAAACCAUCAAUACCUUUAUUACAUUUAAAUGAUUGGGGUCUAAAGGAUCUCAUUAUGAACAUUAUAAAUUUCACAUGAGAUUUUCACGUGAAAUAUACUCAUACGUUAAGGGUUAAUAUAAUCCUUUACAUUCUAAUAUUUUUUUUUAAUGUUGCAUACGAGUUAAACCUUUUGUGAUUACACCUUCAAAAAGUUUCGGAGCUGGUCACUCUGGAAUAUAAUAAACCCCAGUAAACGUUUUUACUUG